AUUCUCUCCUUGCUCCCUCUCACGACCUUGGCCACGAUCGACGGCCACUGUUCCGGCACAGCGACGGGCGAGUACCUCGAGUACGGAAUAUGCAUCUCCACAGCCACCUGCAGUGACUACGGCGGCUCCUAUAUCACUGGGGGCUGUCCCAAUGACCCGAACAAUAUCAAGUGCUGUGUGGUCGGCCUUGAGAAAUCAGCGUCAACUGAUCCUUGUGGCGGCUCCUCCUACUGCUCCUGGAAUAAUCUUGGCUGUGCUGGGACUUAUAAACCUGGUCAGAUGGCCCCCCCACCCCCCCCCCCAAUACACACCAGAAAGUCAUUAUUUUCAUGUUAUUGCCCUGGCGGAAAGACCUAUGAGUGUUGC